AUGAGACGGAUAGGCUGUGAUCUUGCAUUAAGGUCGAUUAAUGGCAUUAGCAUUGGCAUUGGCAACCAGCCUUUCUAUAGCCAUGGAUAUUGUCGAAGUUGUCUCAGAAGGUACUCGAGCGAUAAUGGCGAGGCCGGAUACAUGAAGAAACGGCUACAGGAGUUGUCGGAGACUAAUACUGUGGAUAAGGACGAUCCGUUGAUGAAGAUAAUUCAUGGUGGCAGCAUAGUUGAUGAAAGCGAACCAUUAAGAAAGAUCCAUGGGAAGCUCCAGGAUGUGACGUUUCAAGAAAAGCAUCGAGAACAGUUGUCUAUUACUAAGGGCAGCGUGAACACGAAUAAGCAUGCUCGAGACAUAGCAUCAUCGAAGUCUUGGAGUGGAGAUGAGCAUGUGUUAGAUACAGCAUUGCGGAUGGUCUUGGAUUCUGCACCCAAGGCGAUUCCGAUGCCAAACGGUAGUGUCAAUAACCGUUUCAAGAACACUAGUAGGAGAAAACUAAGCGUACAGGAUCGCUUAGAGCAAGUACAAGAUAAGACUAUGCGGUACAAACAGGAUCUAUCGACAGAUGAGAUUGAGAAGCGUGAAGCUGCAGCGUUCCGGGCUUUAUACACAGAGAAGUUCACGCCGAUUGGUUCUUUUGAAAAGCUACGGUCAGUCGCAGACGCUAGGAUUGAGGAAAGUAUAAAAAGAGGAGAGUUCAACUCGACUAAGAAGUUGCACGGUAAGAAGGUCGAUGUUUCUAAUGAGAAUGCGCACCUAGAUCGAACGACGUAUCAUUUGAACAACAUCUUGGUGAACCAAAACAUCGUUCCGCCGUGGAUUGAAAAGCAGGGAAGCGUCUCCUCUGAUAUCGCUGCAUUCAGAAAGCAGUUGGUGGGGAAGCUGGAGGCGGAGCUGCUCAAUCAGAUGCGCAAAAGGAAACUAUUCUCACAUGCGUACGCGACAGUACAGGAUGCGUUGGAUUCCAUUAACACAGACCGUGAUACCUUCUUGGAUACUUGUUUCCGUUCUUGGUGCAAGUCCGUGCAACCCUUCUUAAACUCAAAUAUACCGAGACUAAACAGUGGAUUGCGUAGCUAUAAUCUUCAGGCUCCAUUACACACACAAAAGCUUUAUCUUGUUGCUGACCGUGAACUGGAACGCACCAGGAAAAGCGUCAACAUGGAUAAUUUGUUUGCACAAGAAUAUGCCCGAAUUAAAGAUCUGAAUCCCCCUGGUUCGUCUGCAAAAGAAAAUCUUGGCUCCAAAGAUCACAGUAGAUUCUCACUUUUCAACAUAUUCAAAUCGUAUUGA